UUCCGGUUGAUCCGUGCGGCGGAAGGUGUAAACCCCGAAUACAGCACGUUGUGCUUCCUUUUCACAUCGACUCCAUUUGGCGUCAAACGCAUAACGUUGAUCACCGUAACUCCUAGAUCAACGCCACGAUGUCCGGAGGCUUAGAUGUGCUUACCCUGAAAGAGGAAGAUGUUACAAAAUUUUUGGCUUGUAGCACCCACCUUGGGGCUAACAAUACUGACUUCCAAAUGGAGCAGUAUGUCUUCAAACGCAAAGCUGAUGGUGUCCACAUCAUCAAUUUGAGGAAGACCUGGGAGAAGCUCCUCCUGGCAGCCCGUGCCAUCGCUGCUAUCGAGAACCCAGCAGAUGUGUGUGUGAUUUCUGCCAGGCCCUAUGGUCAAAGGGCUGUCCUCAAGUUUGCAUCUGCCACUGGUGCUACUCCAAUUGCUGGCAGAUUCACACCGGGAACUUUCACCAAUCAGAUCCAGGCUGCCUUCCGUGAGCCCCGUCUCUUGGUAGUGACUGAUCCCCGUACUGAUCACCAGCCAGUAACUGAGGCGUCCUACGUCAACAUCCCUGUCAUUGCCCUUUGUAACACCGACUCGCCUCUGCGACAUGUGGACAUUGCUAUCCCAUGUAACAACAAGGGACCUCAGUCUAUUGGUCUAAUGUGGUGGCUGUUGGCCCGCGAAGUUCUGAGGCUACGAGGCACCAUCAGCCGUGAACACCCAUGGGAGGUCAUGGUUGACUUGUAUUUCUACAGGGAUCCAGAGGAGGCUGACAAGGAAGAGCAGGCUGUAGAGAAAGCUCCAGCUGCCAAGGAUGAACAGGAACAAUGGAUUGAGAGCCAGGUGCCAAUGCCUACCCAACCAGAGAGCAUCAAUGACUGGGCUGCUGAGGCUAUCCCCGUGACUACCCCUGCUGCUGCCCCAGGCUUCGGCACCACUGAUGACUGGUCCGCUUCUGCUACCCAGGACUGGUCCGCAGCAGCUCCAGGUGGCCCAACCACUUCCACUGCAGCUGGUGUUGUUACUCAAGCCCCAACUCCUGCCGCUACUACCAUGGAUGAGUGGGGAGGCACUGCUGCUGACAACUGGGGAUAGGCAUGUGUCCUAAGAGUACACUGGUCAGUUUUUCUACGGACACUGACUUCGUGAAUAUUCUCUUGACAGAACUCGGAACACAAAAUAAAUUUGUGACAAACUUUCA